GCUUUGCGCCUAAAUCCACCGGUAUAAAUAGCAAAUAAAAGCGCCAGGCCAUAUUGUAUCUAUCUGUGUGUAUUCUAUCAUUUCCGGGUUUGGGCGCUGAUUGUUAAAAAAGAGGGCAAUUCUCUGCCGUAUUUGUCGCCGGUGAGAUCUUACAGCAAUUGUCUCCUGAUUUCGUGUGAUAUCCUUCUCAGGCGAGUUCACAUACAUUCACACUCUGAAUUUUACUUUAUAUACGCUUUAUUUGAUCUUUGUUGAGAAUGCCACUGAAGAUAACAAGCAACAAGAACACAAGAGUAAUGAUGUGACUGAUAAAGCUCUUGAAGUUAAAAAAUGGAGAUUAAAAAGUAUGGCCCACUACCAAAGUUCGAUGGAGGAAAUCUCGAAGAGCAGUUAUGGCUCAAAAUUUUUCUCAAGAGCUCUAUUGCUUCUGUGACACGAUUUAGAGCAGUCUCUAAAACUUGGAAUGCAUUCCUCCGUCACAAGAAUUUCACAAAAUUGUAUAACAGGGCUGUCUUUCUAGACGAAGGCGAAGAUAUUAUCAUUGUCGGUGGCUCUGUGAGUGGGGACAAUAGAGGAAGUCUCAUGAGUGUAAGGAAGACCUCAUUCCGUAGUUAUGAUGUAAGACUUACAAGGUUUCCAGUUUGUGCAGCGAAAAUGCUUUUGGUAGGGUCUUCCGCUGGCCUAGUAUGUCUAAGUGACUGUCCACCAAAAAUGGAGCGGAUGGUGGUGUGGAAUCCUUCUACAGCAGAAGAGAAAUUCAUUCGAGUUCCCCCCACUGAAGAACGAAGACUGUCCACUGGUAUUGGACAUGAUGCGAAUGAUCACAAAAUCGUAAGACUCAUCGGUCUAGAUAAUCCUCGUUGUCACAGUCUCGUGCAAAUUUAUUCAUUAAAUGAUGACCUAUGGAAAGAUUCCAUAACCAUUCCUUUUUAUGCUGAUCGUCCUGCGUCUAGCUUCAAUAUAGGUGGAAUUCUAUACUGGGAUGGGUAUGAUACAAAGAUGAAGCAUGCUAUAGCUUUGCUUGAUCCAGCCAGCGAGUUUUAUGAAAAAAUUGAGUAUCCACCUGAAGCCCCAGUUGGUUCUGUAUAUCCAGUGAACCUACGAAAUAAGGUGGCUGCCCUCGUGGCAUGCAAGAACAAAAUGAUUGAAAUAUAUUGUUUUCAGGAAUCAAGCCAUACUUGGGUGAAGAAGAUAACCACAGGAAAGCUACAUAUCGAACUUGAUUGGGUUCGUAUAUUGAAAUGUUACAGAGGCAGUGGGGAUGUUCUAGCAUUUGGUUGGCCUGACUCGAAAAUGACAAUCAACGAUGUUGCAAAGGAUGUUGUGAAGGAUGGAUUCGUUGCACAUCUAAGCAUGACAAUAGGAUCGGAUAUUUUCAAACCAAACUUAUCUACAGGGCCAUUUACUCACACAGGAACGAGUAAGGUGAAAAUACCCGGAGGGAAGAAGGUAUUAGAAUCACAUCCAAGGCCGGAUGGAGAUUUCUGGAUUACGAAACGGACUAAGGUGAACGAGGUAGUUGUUGACGUGGUUGAGGCAUUCAAUGGCCGAUCAAUUGGUUCCUACUCUGAAAUUGCACUCUGUUCAUUGGCUCACCUUUUUCGUAAUAACAAGGAGGUUUCCGAGUUGGCAUUGGAAGAACUUGUGCAUCUCUCAAAGCAAUCAGAUUUAGCUGCAAAGAUGGUUCACAUGGAUAUGGUGGGGAACACAAUGGAAAUGCUAUGCCUGGAAAGUGUUGCAUUUACAAAGUUGUUGCUGAAAUUACUUGUGAAUCUCACACGUUUGGAUGAUGGGGUUGAGGUAUUGCUUAAGUCUUGCAGCGAUGAGAAGAUGCAUGGACUGAAUGUCGUAAAACUUGUGUCACUGUUCAGGACAUCAACCAAUGACAUGAAGGGUGAUGCUUUUGAAGAUGCCGGUUCCAUACUAGUUAAUAUUUCAAAAAGUGAUGCAGGAAGAAAGUUCUUAUUGGAACCUGAGCGUGGACUCAUUAAACAAAUUCUUAAGGAGUUCGUUUCUGCUAGUCCUGUGCGUAGAAAGGGGGUGUCUGGAACUAUUCACAACUGUUGCUUUGGCUUGGAAGUGGAGCAGCAGUUGGAGAAUUUACUUAUGGCAUCUGAUUUCUUAUGGACAACUUUGUUGUUGCCUAUUGCUGGAACGAAGGCUUACAGGGAAGAAGAAACAUCUAAGAUGCCUCCUGUACUGGGGAGCAUACUUCUUGUGGAACGUGAAGAUGUUAAUGACCCUGAAUUACAAAUUGAAAUAUUGGAAGCUGUAUAUUUGAUUGCAUUACAGGAGAGGGGUCGAAGAGCUUUAAGGUCAGUAAAUGGAAAGCUGAUACUGGAUGUUGGGGCUGCAUGCGAGCAAAAUGAGGAAGUUUUGGAAGCAUUUGCGCGAGUUGGUUCCUUGCUGUUGGGCAGCGACAUUGAGGAUACAUCUAUCCAGACCCAGGUAUCCAGACCCAGGUUUGAAAAGUAACACCCAAUAGCAACCUGAGCUGAAAAGGAACACUGCAGAUCUUGCAGCACAUUACUCAUCUUCCCCAUUCUUAGUUAAAACUGAAAGACUGGGCAGUUAGGAACUUUUGGUUUCUAAGCUUUUAAAGGAAUUUGAAGCUUGCAUGUUACAUAACAAUUGUUAAGUUCUGUAGUGCUGUGUGAGAACGAGAUUGUAACUACCCAAAUUCAGCUCAUGUAACUCAAAUCGGGUCACUACAUUUUACUGGCAUACGAACUAAUUACCAACUAAACUAAUACAUGUUACACAUAUCAUACUCACUGUAUAUUCAAUCUCGGCCAAGCCACUGCGUCCGAGCUUACUUUUCA